CCUUGCAGUCAGUCAAUAAUUAUCGAGUUCAGGCCCAAUGAUCCAAAGUUCAAGACUAAAACCACAUGAAAUAAAGAUUAUAAGCAAAGGAGCAUUAUGUCUUUGAAAACAUUUUCUUGCAAGGUUUUAUCUAAAAUCUUGAACCACAGUUUUACUUUUUCAGGCAAACAGCUUUGGGCGCGAGAUGCAGAAGCAGUCACCGUGCUGGGACGGGGCUCUGCGCGGGGCUACUACAACACCGGCAAACCCAGGUACCCUAGGCCGGGCGGGGCGUCCCACGUCCGUGUGGUCGAUCUCCGCAGCGACACGGUGACCAAGCCCGGGCCGGAGAUGCGCCAGGCCAUGGCAGAGGCCGAGGUCGGGGAUGACGUGAUGGGAGAGGACCCAACGGUUAACGAGUUACAGAAGCUUGCUGCUGAUAUGUUUGGGAUGGAGGCUGCCUUGUUUGUCCCCUCUGGAACCAUGAGUAAUCUCAUUGCAGUAAUGGUGCACUGCAAGGAGCGUGGUGACGAAAUAAUUGUGGGCGAUCUGUCCCACCUCCACAUCUACGAGCAAGGAGGUAGUGCACAGCUGGCUGGUGUCCACGCCACCACAGUGACCACCCUUCCUGAUGGUACAUUUGACUUGGAUCAGCUGGAGUCAAAGAUACGACAUGGAUACCCAGACCCGCAUUACCCACGCUCACGCCUCAUAUGUGUGGAGAACACACACAACAUACAGGGGGGACGUGUGCUGCCUCUGCUUUUCCUGCAGGAGAUUCGUGCUUUAGCAGAUCGAUAUGGUCUCUCGGUCCACAUGGAUGGAGCCAGGGUGAUGAAUGCUGCCGUGGCCCAGGAGGUGCCACCAUCCACCAUACUGCAGCACACACACACAGUCAGUGUCUGCCUGUCCAAGGGUUUGGGGGCUCCAGUGGGAACCAUGCUUGCCGGACCCAAAGACUUCAUAUCCAGAGCAGUUCGGUGCCGUAAGGCUCUGGGUGGAGGGAUGAGGCAGGCUGGUGUCAUUGCUGCAGCUGGAAAGCUGUCUUUACAGGACAUGGUAGAAAGACUCGGGGAUGAUCACCGCAAUGCAAAAACUUUUGCUCUGGCUCUACUGGACUGCAAGCCAUCUCUGUUUGCUGUGGAGAUGGCUGCCGUGGAAACAAACAUCCUGCGUUUUCGUAUGCUGGAUUCCACUUUGAGUCCUCAUGAGUUUUGUGCCCGCAUGGGUGAGAUUGGGGAGGGGGAGGAGGCAGCUCUGGGUCCGGGGAUUCAAGUUCUCAUGUACCCGCAUUUUGGGAACUCCAUCAGGGCAGUGUGGCAUCUUGGAAUAUCCGCUGAAGACACCCAGUUGGCCAUCCAGAAAAUGCAAUUUGUGGCUUCUCAGCACUGGAAAAAAAAAGAGGGGGCUUAGUGAAACCAGUGAACAGGGAAUACUGGAAUAUUAAAGGAGUAAUCCCAGCAAAGACUGAGAUACUGUAAAGGCAGUACAAAUACAGAUAAAGGCACUUUGGAAGCUAACCUGUUUGCUUCAUCAAGUUCAUUAAGUUAAUUUUUUUUAAUUCUUAUUCACUAAAUUCAAUGUUCCACUGUCUCCUCUUGAUGUUUCACCUUUUGAGGCUCUCUGAAUAAAGAAUUUACAUUGAGAAAGUUUUUCUGACAUAAAAAGACACUGUUUGAAAUAACAUAUAAAUGAAGUGCUGAUGGUCUGAAUUAAAAGGUAGUUGAGAUUAUCAGGUGGCUGGAAAUUACAGGUUUCCAAAACUAUGUUCCAUUUAUAUUACAUUUAUAUACAAAAAAUGUUCAGAUCAUUUUAAAAUGCACUGUUUUCCUGGGAAAAUUUGCAUCCUGUCAUUCACAUGUAUGUUACUUACUAUCUAACCAAACAUUUUUUGUAGACCCCCUUCCCCAAGAUACCAGCCUUAUGUGAUCUGAUUGUAUUUGUAUGAAGCUACUCCAUCCAUUGCUAACACCCCAGUACUAGAAACAAUAGAACAUUCUCCACUGUUCUCUAUCCACGCCCGGACUGAUCAGAGCUCUUGGUGGCAUGAGGUUGCUGGUUUGCAUCUCGUAAGGAUCUUAAAGUAAAUAAGUAAAGUAAAUCUUUAUUUUGUAUAACAGAAGCAAAUGCAAAGAAUUUGAAAACUUAGAAAGCUGGACUUUGCCUUUUGUGUCUCCCUUUAAAACACAGCUGUUUUGGAGUCUUUUACAACUGCGUUACAGUUGUGUUAUUUUGGAUUCUGCAAUAUGCAUGUAGCCACAGGGGGGCAACACUCAACUGACUUACUGACCAUUAUAUCCUACAAGGAAAACUAAGGCAGACAUAUUUUGAUUUUCUGCAUUGUGAUGUGUAAUUUUCCCGUUUGAAUGCUGUCUUAUAUUACAAAACUUUAUGAAAAGCUAUGGCAGCGGUGGGAUUCGAACCCACGCCAUCGAAAUGACUGGAGCCUAAAUCCAGCGCCUUAGACCACUCGGCCACGCUACCGUACUACAACACA